UUAAAACAUUAUUUAUUUUCUGAUUGACAGUAUUCAAAUGCACUUCUGUACCGUACCGAGCAUUCAUGAUUUGUUUUUCUUUUUGUCUUCAUCUUGACUUGUACAAGGUGGGAAUGUUUGGAGAAAGUUUGGAGAAGGUACAUAAUUAUCCAGUGAGCUUUCUGUUUCACUUACAUACAGUCCUAAUGGGGAAGGCUGGAAAAAUUGUUGUGUUGGUGCCAGGCUGUCCUGUGUGUGAGAUGAUUGAUGAUGCAAGUGUCAAAUUAAAAAAAGGCAGUACUUCUGAACAGAAACAAAGAGCCAAGGCAUCAAACAUCACUGAAGAUGUACCCGAGAAUUACUAUGUGGUGCAGAAUGAUGAAGUCAUAUGGGUCAAGUAUUUGCUAAUCUAUAAACUGGACAUGUCUCUCCUGUAUCCACAAUGUCAUGGCUGCAAGAGUACAAGUUUCCUCUCCUGAUGUUGGCUUAUUUCAUUUUGCUUGCUGCCAUUGGACUUGUCAACUCACGUCUAGUUGUGAACUCUCUGACUGAUAUUGACUUUGUAACAGUUUUCUUUUUAGGUUAC